GUCCCAGCAACAACACCAUCCACUCUUUUCCCGUCUUCACUCUUUCAUUCCGCCACGAUUAAUCUUGAUCUUGAUGAAGGAGGCAGAAACACGACUCUCACAUUUAUACAGCCAAUCUUCACACACUUACUCGCCUGGUUAGUCUCUUUUUUUUUCCAUGUUCACUGUCAUCAUUGGGUCCUCCUUGUCAUGCCUCGUCCACACGAGGACUGAAGAGACCAUCAAGAAUUGGUGGAAGUGGCUAGAAUAGACAGACACCCAAGGAAGAAGAGAAUGGUGAUCAAGAAAGCCCCAGUACAUGUAAUUGGAGCCAGCAUGGUCAGGAAGACUCCUGACUUCGCGAGAAAGGAAAAUGAGUGCACCAGCAUGGGAGGUGCUAAGAUCCAAGACAUUAAGAGGAAAGUCAAGGAAGAAGUAUAUGAAAUGGAAGAAAGAAGCCUGGUAGUGUGCUUCAAGGAGGAGGCAACAAUUUAUUAGAGACAGGUGCUGAAGAAACAGUAAAGGAAGUGAUAGAAGCAGUGAAGGCAGCAGAAGAAAAGAAGAUGUGUGUGGCUGUUGUGGGGGACAAGUUUGAGGAUGCAUGCAAGGGGCUCAGCAAGUGGAGGUUCGACUUAGUCGGGCCCACGGGAAGGUGUGCAGUACGAGAUCAGAAGAAAAACGAACCACAAGAUAUGCAUGGAACUUAUGAAGAUCAAGAUGGAAUGGAUGGCAUAGAAGAAGGGCAACAUGAGCUUCCUAAACAUGGAUGGGAUCCUCAAACAGGACAAAUUCUAUGGGAAAGACGGGGUCCACCUCAACCACAAUGGGAAUGAGAAGCUAGGAUGACGACUGGCUAAGUGGAUGAGGGCGAGGCAAGUGUGGUGUGGACGAGGCAUGACAAGGAGGACCCACUGAUGACAGUGAACAUGGAAAAAAAGAGACUAACCAGGCGAGUAAGUGUGUGAAGAUUGGCUGUAUAAAUGUGAGAGGAUGGGGUGUGGACAAGUUUGAGGAUGCAUCCAAGGGGCUCAGCGAGUGGAGGUUCGACUUAAUCAGGUUCACUGAGACUCACCUGAGAGAUGAUGUACAAAUGGCGGGAUUGACAGUGGACAACCUGCUGGCACACAAGCUCAACAGUGUGCUCAAGGUUCUCAGCCUCCUGGUCAAGCAGCAGAAUCAAAAUAUACAUGUUUGGAUGAUAAUGUGGCAGCUCAGAGUUCAGACCUGGUCAAGUGACACUCCACACCUGGUCAGGUGGCACAACACACCUGGUCAAGUGUCUCUCCACACCUGGUCAAAUGACUGGUCAAAUGAAAAACUGGUCAACGGUCUUACAUUCGAAUGAAAUGAUUGAGAAGAAAAAGAAGGAUUUGGGUAAAUUGUACUUAGCUUUUCUAGAUACAGAGAAAGCUUAUGAUAGAAUGAACAGAGAAAUACUAGGUAGAGUCUUAAAAAAGAUUGAAUUGAGUGCAAAGAUAGUUAACAUAGUGCAAAGUAUGUAUUUGAACACAAGGGCUAGAUACAGACUAGGAGACAUAGAAACAGACUGGGUGAAGAGUGAGAGAGGAGUUAGGCAAGGCUGUAUAUUCUCACCAACCCUUUUUAGCCUGCAUACAGAGGAGUUACCAGGCAGAAUGAGAAGAAGGAAUGUAGGGGUAAGUGUGGGGAGUGAUAAAAUAUGUGUGCUUUUUUUAUGCAGAUAAUGUAGUGGUUAUGAGUGAAUAGGCAGAUGAGCUUCAAAGUUUGUUGGAUGUUGUGGUUGGGUAUGGAAAAGACUUUGGAGUGAGGUUUAGCAGUGAGAAAAGCAAGGUAAUGAUUGUGAAUAGGUCAGAGGAUGAAAGUAAUUUGGUAUGGAGACUUGGAGAGAAUGAGUUGAAACAGGUGCAAGAAUACAAGUACUUAGGGAUGUGGAUGAGUCCUUGUGGGUGUGGAAAGGCAAAGAAAGAAAAGAUAAGUGUUACUGUACGUAAAGCGCACAUACCUCAUGUCAUUAUUCCUCGGUAAUCAUAAGUGAAAUGUUCAAUAGUUUUCUAUUUGCAUAAAAACAUGUAAUAUGUGUAAGUAUCAGUAUUCAGUGCUAUAUUAAGCACAAGAGCCGAUGCUCACUUGUUAGUAGAGUGUGGUUAACCCGCUGGUUACCUGCAAGCUUCACUUAUGGCCAAGUCGCACUCAAAGACAGGCAGGAAAAUGACCAAGGUAGAUACUUUAAUUUUGUAGUAAAAACUGACUGUUAUAGUGCCAGGUUGAUUGCAUGUAUUGUUAAUGAAUAUUGUAAUAUGUUGAAAGUGUUUAAUAUCAGUGUAGAAUGUUUUUUUUUUUUUAUAAGAAACUGAGACCAAGAAGUUGUUCACAGUUCUUAGUCAUGCCUACCUCAUCAAUAAAUGUCAGAGAGAGAGAACGGCCUUUCCUCAACCCAACGAUGAUGGGUGUGAUCAGUAAAAC